GUCUGGUGAUUCUUUCGUUUCUGCCCGUUCGCCAUCUUCCCCUCCCUGGCUCUAAGCGCCACAUCAGUCGCUUUCUUUGGACUGGCCACGCAGGUGGUGUGGGGCUCCUGACUCAGGAGGCUUGUGUGUCCGAGAUUGUCUUUGUCUCUCCCGAUGGGGGGGAGGGCUCUGGGGUCCUGGGACUGCGGUCUUCAGCCCAGCAGCCCCGCUGUUCCUGUGCGGCCUGUGACACGCGGAGGCAGUGGCUCACGCUCUCCUGGGUCCUUGUCACUUACUGUCCUCUGGGGGCUACUCUGUCUCUCAGCCAUGGCCAGUGGAAUUUCACUGCUCGCUUCUUCCCUGGCCAGUCAGGAAAGGCCUCUUGGAAAGGGGAGGGGCCGUGUGCCCCUCCCCCACUGCAGGGGCAUGAUUGGCGCUGUGCGCAGGGACAGCUGGCUCUGAGAAGGUGGAGGCUGAGCCCAUGGGCGCAAAGCGUUCUCCUCCCGUGUGCGUCGCUCCGGCUUGUGUGGAAACGUCUAGACGGUUCCGCUGCUGAGAUCGAGAAGCUGUCUCUGGGUGGCCACUCUGUCGUGGAGUCUUUAAAACACACUGGCGGGUGCCGUUCCCAUUCCGUUGGUAACUAACCUAAAAACUCCUCAAUAUCCGCAGUUCUUAUCGGUCUCCUAAUUUGUUAUCCAAGUUUUCUGAAACCCCACUUUCUUAAAGCUGCUUGUUUUAGGGCAGAAGAAAAAAUAGUGCAAUUUCCCCUUCCCUGUAUGCCAUGCAGCGCACGUGGGCAAACUGUCACCGCGUCACCGAACCAAACGUCAUUUGCAGCACCCACAGCAGUGCCGUUUUCAAGCAGCAGCAGGGCGCACAGACACUAGCGGGUAGCGAGGGUUCCGGAGGCGGUCUGGGCAGACUGGCUGUGGGCUGACCGUGCAGUAAAACGGAAAACGGGGCUGGAUGUUGCCUGGCUUGCUUCUUGCUGUGGCUGGCACUGCAGGCCAGCUCUUUCUGGAAGCUGUCAGAGGACCAGGCUCGGACAGGAACAGCAGCUGAGUCUUGGGCACACUGAGUUUGCAGCCUGCGACCUGUUGCAGACAGGUCCAGGAGUCCAGGCUGGCGAUAUAGAUUUGUGAGACGUCAGUGUUUAGACGGUAGUUAGAGCCAGGAGGCCGGAUGGGGCCCCGUCUGGCAGAUGGCAGAGUAGCAGGCGAGAACGGAGCCCAGGGCCCCUCCGGGAUGCCGUGGAGCAGUGGGGCUGGCGAAGGCGCCUGAGCAGGAGCCAAACCAGCACUGUCUGGGUUCUGGAAGCGAAGCGAAGGAGCAGAGUGCACCCUGUGCUCCUACGGGUGCCCCUCAGGCCUACGCCUGCCAGUCCCCCACAGCUGGUGCUGUUCCUGGCUCACCAUGCGCGGCAGCACGAUCUUUUCACUGUGUGCUGAAUGAGCGCUUUCCAGUGUAUCCGACAGCUCGGUUUCCUCCCACGACCUGGGACAUAAAGGGUGUACGACGUUCGUGGUUGACUUGACCUGUGAGCUUGGCCAGCCCCUGUCCCUGGAUGCCUUCUCUGCGUUAUCCGGUUCCGAACAUGCUGCUGUUGCAGGGGCCAGUGUUGUUCAGGGACGUGGCCGUGGACUUCACCCAGGAGGAGUGGCAGCAGCUGGACCCCGAGCAGAAGACAACCUACAGGGACGUGAUGCUGGAGAACUACAGCCACCUGGUCUCUGUGGGGUGUCACAUCGUCAAACCGGAAGUUAUCGUCAAGUUGGAGCAAGGGGAAGAGCCGUGGGUGGAAGGAGGGCUCCUGCCUCCGAGGUGGCCAGAAGCCUGGGAAGUCGAUGUGACAGAGACAGCCCAGGAAAGUGAAGAUAGGUGUUGGAGGCAGACUGUACUGACCUACAACGAAACCCUGACUGAAGAGGGAGCCACUCUUCUCGGUGAGACCUUACAUGUGGAGACAGACACUGUUCCUUCAAGGAAAGUACCGUACAAAUGCGACUCGUGUGGGAAGACCCUGAAGCCCACUUCCGAAUACAUCAGCAGCGACGGGAGCUAUGCAAGGACAAAGCCCAGUGAGUGCAGUGCAUGUGGGAAGUCACUUCUCCACGUGAAGCUGGAGAAAACGCAUCCAGGAGAGAAAGCGUAUGAAUUAAAUCAGAGCGGGGAAGCUUAUUCUCUAAAUGGAGAGAGUAUUUAUCAGAACGCUCCUAUUUUGGAGAAGCCCUUUGAGUAUAUCGAAUGCCAGAAAGCCUUUCGGGGGGACCCGGCGUUUGUCGCUCCAAUGGUGGAGAAGCCCUACAAGUGGAAUGAGUCGGAAAUGGCCUUUCUCCAGAUGUCAGACCUCAGUGCCCACCCAGCGUCUCACAUGGAGAUGAAGCCCUACGAGUGCAGUGCAUGUGGGAAAUCCUUCUGUAAAAAGUCUAAGUUCAUUAUCCACCAGAGGACGCACACGGGGGAGAAGCCCUACGAAUGCAACCAGUGUGGGAAAUCCUUCUGCCAGAAGGGGACGCUCACCGUCCACCAGCGGACGCACACUGGGGAGAAGCCCUACGAGUGUGGCGAGUGCGGGAAGACUUUCUACCAGAAGCUGCACCUCAUCCAGCACCAGCGGACGCACUCGGGGGAGAAGCCCUACGAGUGCGGUUACUGCGGGAAGGCCUUCUGCCAGAAGACGCACCUCACCCAGCACCAGCGGACGCACUCCGGGGAGAGGCCGUACGUGUGCCACGACUGCGGCAAGACCUUCUCCCAGAAGUCGGCGCUCAACGACCACCACAAGAUCCACACCGGUGUGAAGCUCUACAAGUGCACCGAGUGUGGGAAGUGCUUCUGCCGUAAGUCCACCCUCACCACGCACCAGCGGACGCACACGGGGGAGAAGCCCUAUGAGUGCAACGAGUGCGGCAAGUUCUUCUCUCGGCUGUCGUACCUCACCGUGCACUACCGGACGCACUCGGGGGAGAAGCCCUACGAGUGCGGCGAGUGCGGCAAGACCUUCUACCUGAACUCGGCACUCAUGCGGCACCAGCGGGUGCACACCGGCGAGAAGCCCUACGAGUGCAGCGAGUGCGGGAAGCUGUUCUCCCAGCUGUCCUACCUCACCAUCCACCACCGGACGCACUCGGGGGUCAAGCCCUACGCGUGCGGCGAGUGCGGGAAGACCUUCUACCAGAACUCCGCCCUCUGCAGGCACCGGCGCAUCCACAAGGGGGAGAAGCCCUACGAGUGCUGCGUCUGUGGCAAGUUCUUCUCGCAGAUGUCGUACCUCACCAUCCACCACCGCAUCCACUCGGGCGAGAAGCCCUACGAGUGCGGCGAGUGCGGGAAGACCUUCUGCCAGAACUCCGCCCUGAACAGACACCAGAGGACGCACACGGGGGAGAAGGCCUACGAGUGCUGUGAGUGCGGCAAGUUCUUCUCGCAGAUGUCGUACCUCACCAUCCACCACCGCAUCCACUCGGGCGAGAAGCCCUUCGAGUGCAACGAAUGUGGGAAGGCCUUCUCCCGGAUGUCGUACCUCACCGUCCAUUACAGGACACAUUCGGGAGAGAAGCCCUAUGAAUGCAACGAGUGUGGGAAGAAGUUCUACCACAAAUCCGCCUUCAACAGCCACCAGCGUGUCCAUCGGAGAGGGAACAUGAACGUGCUUGAGGUGGGCCGGCUCCUCUGAGGUCAGACCUCGUGUCCCAGCGGAGGGCCCACUCAGGGCGCUGGGUGCGCGCUCCUGCCACCGGGAGCGCGAGUUCCCAGGGGAGCGAGGGCCAGCCUCCGCGCAUGAGCCAGACGGGUAACCCGACAGUCCACAGGGUGGAAGCCACGGCCGCAUGACUUCUGGUCACCAGACUACACAGGAGAGAAGUUUGUGAACACGCAGCUGUGUGUACUUCUGCGUGAUCUGCACUGCUACACAUCAGGGAGUUCGUGCCAAGGGGGAGCUGCCGUUCUGAGGGAUGUGGAAAACACUCCCCUUUGGAAAUCGUUAAUACUAAGAGUUAUGUUUUCUAUGUGACAAGGUUUUUUUUGUUUGUUUGUUUUUGUUUUGUCAAAAAGGCACGUUAUGAAGAGAUGUGCUCCUUGUGUAAAUAGAAGCUGUAAAAUCAGGUAACUAACCAGGACCAGCCGCUUAGCCUGCACUGCACUCACAGACCAUGUUUCCUCGGAAUGGAUGCCUUUGCCUGCUUGCUGCCCAGGAUGGCGUGUUACAGGAAUUGUCUGUUCAUUCUCAGUCAGGUCUGAAAGGGCAGCGUAUCCUUAUUGGAGUGAUUUGUAAGACACGUAACAAGGUUACUCAUUUUAAAUAGCACCACUCUUAGCACUUGCUUCGCACUGCCAUUGAACUGCAGGGGUGUGAAGAAUGCUUCUUGUGCUCUUCCUUAGCACUUACAAAUGUACUUGAUUAUUGUUAACGAACUAAUUCUUCCACACAGAAGUCAAUGCUUUUUAUAAUAGUGCCCACUGUAUCUGAGUCAGCAAGACACAGAAAUGCAUAAAAUAGGUGGGAAACUGCACGGCUAAUUUUAAAUUGUGACAGGAGCCUUGAGCACUGAGAGUCAGCUCAAGUAUUCAUUGAACUCUAUACAGUUUUAAAAUACUUCCAUUUUUAUCGAUUUCUUUUUCUAAUUUGUUAUCUAAUUGUUUUCACCUGUUGUUAUUUGGCUGUCUACACAAAUGUAAGUGUGCAGACCACCAUACAAUGUAACUUGGCAAUCACCUGUAUCUUGAUCAGCUAUAAUGGCACUCAUACAGGCUGUGCUCUACUCCUUCUGGGACUUGAGGGCAUGAACACGUUCCCAUGGGUUUGUGGCCACGUUGCUGAGUGACCACCCCCGUCACAUGCUCCUUGCUGUUUGGUGGCAGAAUGUGGGUGGCCAUUUCUCCUUAUGGAAUGGGGGAUAAAUCCUGAUCAGUUUUGACCAUUGAUGAAAAUCCCUCUCAUUAUCAGAGAUGGAGGGGUCAUAGGACCCAGUUCUAGACAGGUGCCAAGGAGACAUCUGACAAGUUGUUCCUGGAGGUUUCCUCCAAGAUUCAAGGAGUCCUGAAGGGUGGCGUGGAACCGUUGUGAUGCCUGGUGAUGUCUCCCAACGAUGAAGGCCACUGAAAUGUGACACAGCAGGAGGAUUGGAGGGACCCGGGGCCUGGACGAUGCUGCCGAGACCGCUGAACCAACCAGCAGUGAAGCCACUUCACGUCUGGACUGUUUCUUUUGUGAGAGACUAAAUUUAUUUUUAAGCAAGUGGAUGUAGGUGGCUCUGUUACUGGUAACUGAAGAUACAAAGUUAUACUUUUUUAGGAGCUACACAACUGAGAAGUGGACUUUAGGUAAAUCAUUUAUUUCGAGAUGUUGAUACAGAGAUUUAUUUUCUGUAAAUUUUGACGUAAGUAGCUUCAGAUUAGAAACAAUUGAGCGCAUAUGUAUCCUUGAAUUAUGACAUCGUUGACCUAAACACCUCUGGAACCUGAUACAAUCUUCCUUUUUAUAAAGCAUGACAAGCUUCA